UUAGAAAGUGAUAUUUGCAAGAUCAUCGAUGGCAUUGUGCCCUGGAUUCGGGAGCACAGUGAGCUGAUUGUGGAUGAUGGCUCGAUGCGUCAGCUGCGUGAUGAACUGCUUCAACAGGCGUCCCGGGUAUGCUUCCCGGAAGGGAAUGCGGCCGCAGCCGCCACCAACCAGACAUCAUCAUCUUCAUCAUCGUCUGACCUCUUCAAAAGUCAAUUGAGCACAAUUGUUGAUGGCACUUUAUCACAGUAUGUUGGCAGUAAACUGAAUGAUGUGAGAGAAGAGCUCAUCUUUGAUAUUUCCGAAAUUUUGUACAAUGAAUUAGCAUUUUUUCAGCUAAUGUUCAAUAUCAAUAAUUUGGUGCCUUAG